AGAUUACAAAAUAGAAAGUCAGACAUGGGGAAAUCCUAAAUAAACGAGGUAGACAAAGGACGGUAUAUUGAAAAGAUUGUUGAAUAUGUACUAUUUGUUAAAUAUGUACUAUUAAUUUGCUGGAAUUUAAUUUCGAGAACUCAGCAAGGACAAAAUUGUUUAGAUAGUAGAUGUUACAAAUGUUAGGAUGGGUGGAAAUACAUCAAAAGUAAAAGCCAUUUUGGAGCCAUGUUUGGAACGUGUAGAAGAGUUAGACGAGGCAAUGUUGAGCUUUUUAAAGAGUCUUGAUAUGAUGACGGCGACACUUAGGGUGAUUGCAUUCUACCACUCAUCAAAUGAAACGGCGACAGUAUCUGACUCAAAAGAAAGCAUAAUUUUCGGCGACAUGAAACUUUCAAAAGAUACCAUUGAAAAAAAACUAACAAAGGAUGUUUUGUGCUGCAUUGAGGAAUCAAUUUCCUGUAGAAAAAACGAUACACUUCAAAAAUUGCGAAAACUGUUGAGAAUUAUCAACGAUUUAGCGAAGGAACACGCCAAGUUUACGCCUAAGGCACUCCAAGUUGACGAGUACAAAGACGAUCCUUCCUUUGAGAAUUUUUUCAAGGACAAUGUUGUACAAGUUGAAUUGAAAAAGUUACAAGAUAAACAAAAUAUGUUAAAGGAACAGUUAGCUCUAUCACAGAAAAGAGAGGACGACUUUGUAAAAGAAAAGAAAAAGAUACUAGCUGAAAAGUCAGCUCUAUAUGAAUUGAAUGAUAAAAAAGAGAAAGAAAAUGAAAAGUUGCGAAAUCAAGUCAGUAACAUUAAGCAAGAGUUUAAAAAGCAAAUACACGAACAAAUGGAUGCUGAAAAAGAACAAUUACUUACAGACAUUAGAGACGGGAAGACACAAAUAGAAAGACUUAAAAGUGACAAUGAACAAUUAAAAUCUGAUUUGAAUGACGAAAGAAAUGUGGCUGAGGAACUAAGGGUUGAACUGGAAAGUUUCAAGUGCAAAAAAGUUUUACAAGUUCAGUUGUUUUAUCAACGACGUGGUGGCCUUAUUGCAGAGGUAGAAGAAGACCUUAAGAAAGUUUUAAAAACUCGAUUAGAAGACGGAAAAACUGAGUUAAAGUUCAUUACGUGCAACAGCUCCUCGGAAGUCAAUAAUUCAUUGCCAACUUUGCUUAUUGCCAUUUGUGCAUCUAGAAUAGGAACAGACGCAGCUAAUGCGAUACAAGGAUUGGAUACGAACUUUAACAGAAGGAUAUUACUACUUAUCUUCCACCACAAAGACAUCCACGCUCUUCCAUCACAGGCAAGCGAGCGUGUGUUGACUGCCCCGGAAUUCAAAAGUUUAGGCGGCAUACAUGAUAUGGCUUUCCUGACACAGAAAGGAAUUUAUGACUGCGAGAUGAAUGAAAAGAGCAUUACAACCGUCACAAGUUUUAUAACCAGUAUCUAGGAAAAAAAUUGGAUUUUUUUUUUCUUUUCAAAUUUUAACUUAAUUAAAAACUGAUGUAGCCGUUUUUAUUUUAAAUAUCAUGUAUAUAUAGGAAAUCAAGUGAUAUGAUUAAAUCUAUUUUUUCGGCAUUAAGACACACGCUACUAAUAUAGCGAAGAACUUGCCAUUUUAGCUAACCCGAGCACAACGUCGCUGUGAUAUCCAGUGGUCGUCGUCCUUCAUUGAACAACAUUUUCUUUAGAAAUAUACUUCAUGGGAAUUUUCGGUCGGUGGGUCCUAAUUAAAAUUGUUCAAAUAGUUCCAACCGUUUGCAUUAAUUAAGUAGGUCACAAGGUCAUAAAGGGUUUAAAAAUGCAAAUCAAAUAAAGAACGAGUCAAAAGAGAGAAGGCCGAGUGUCGUUUUGUUAUGUGUAUUUACCAUCAUUUAGAUGUCCUCUACCAAAGUUGUUUAAAUUAUGUACCUGAGGUCUAAAAUGGCCUAGCCCUUAGUGUCAUGGAUUGUUUUUAUAUGUUUAUAGUUAAAUUUUAAAAUGCUUCUUCUCUGAAACCCCGAGGGUAAGAACACACACAUAUACGUGUAUAUAUAUAUGUGAUAUGAAGCAUUCUUCAGUUGACAUCUACCGUUCAAAUUAUUAUUUUGGGUUAAAGAUUGGUACAGUCAAUGGCCUCCUUGUUUAUGAAAUGAAUAUACUUAUUUUUAAUCCAUGUAGGUCAACUAGGAAGUAUUAAAAGGAAUAAAAUCAGAACAGUAACAGAAAAGUCUCUUUGAGUUGUAUUAAUUUUGUUUAGCUUAAAUGAAUAAACGAAGAAACCAUAAUGGGUUCAUCCUUACAUAGAAAUGUCCAUGCAAUGAUUGCGUUUGUAUAUACAAUGUAUAUGAAUGCAUUCAACUUAUAUAUUUGUUAUCUUAUAUUUUUUGUUAUAUAAAUAUAUUUCAUAUUUAUUUAUGGGUAGUUUAUUGUUAUAUUGUAUUGUUGUAUUGCCUAUAUGUGUUAAACUGUCUAUUAUUUAGUUGAAAUGUGUUUAGACUGGUUAUGUAUGUUGAAUAUUGCUUUUUUCCUCCAAUAAAAAUAGU